UUGAACGAAAAAGUCAAAUAUGGCUACCGGGGACAACGGCGGCCGGGCCCCGUGUUUAAACUUUAACUCGCCCGGACCUCUGGGUAACAGUCAACCCAGCAACAGUCCUUACACAUUAGCCUCAAAUAACGGAGGAUCUUCUGGGGGGCCCGGAGGCUCCCAGAGCGCGACAAGACGACCAAACCCCCAGCCGGGGCCUAAUGGUCUUGAAAGCACCGGUGUUGGAGCUGGAGUCGCACCGAACAUGCGCAACUCGGUCCCGCAAGCCGCGGCUCAGGCCUCGGGGUUAGCGGGGGCGCUCGGCGGAUCAAUGACGGCAAACAUGACCGGUUCGGCGUCAAAUUUAGCACCAGCACCUGCUACCCACUCACUCUCCGCCCCUCCAGCUGCGGCAGCUGUUCUAGUGUACAGAGAGCCGGUUUAUAAUUGGCAAGCGACUAAAAGUACAGUGAAGGAGAGAUUCGCCUUUCUGUUCAAUAAUGAGGUGCUGAGUGAUGUUCACUUUCUGGUGGGUAAAGGACUGGGAGUGCAGAGGAUUCCAGCUCACAGGUUUGUGUUGGCAGCUGGCAGUGCUGUAUUUGAUGCCAUGUUUAAUGGAGGCAUGGCCACCACCUCUACAGAAAUAGAAUUACCUGAUGUAGAACCCGCUGCUUUUCUGGCUUUACUAAAGUUUCUCUACUCCGAUGAGGUUCAGAUCGGACCCGAGACUGUGAUGACCACACUGUACACCGCAAAGAAAUACGCUGUUCCGGCUCUGGAGGCUCACUGUGUGGAGUUUCUCAAAAAGAACCUCCGUGCGGACAAUGCCUUUAUGCUCCUCACACAGGCGAGGCUGUUUGAUGAACCACAGCUGGCCAGUCUGUGCCUUGAGAACAUUGAUAAGAACACGGGUGAUGCAUUGGCUGCUGAAGGUUUUACAGAUAUUGAUCUAGAUACGUUAAUAGCUGUGCUGGAGAGGGACACGUUAGGAGUCAGAGAGGUGCGGUUGUUUGGGGCGGCAGUGCGCUGGGCUGAGGCCGAGGCCCAUCGGCAGCAGCUGCAGCCCACACCGGAGAACAAGAGACGUGUGCUGGGGAAAGCCCUCAUCCUCAUCCGCUUUCCUCUAAUGACCAUAGAGGAGUUUGCAGCAGGUCCUGCACAGUCAGGUAUUCUGACAGAUAGGGAGGUGGUGAGUCUGUUUCUGCACUUUACUGUAAACCCCAAACCACGGGUGGAGUUCAUCGACCGACCACGCUGCUGCCUGAGAGGGAAAGAGUGCAGCAUCACGCGCUUUGGCCAAGUGGAGAGCCGCUGGGGAUACAGCGGGACCAGCGAUCGCAUCCGGUUUUCAGUAAAUCGCAGGAUAUUUGUUGUGGGUUUUGGACUUUAUGGGUCAAUACAUGGACCAACAGACUAUCAGGUUAACAUACAGAUAAUUCACACAGACAGUAACACAGUCCUCGGACAGAAUGAUACUGGUUUCAGUUGUGACGGGUCAGCAAGCACUUUCAGGGUGAUGUUUAAAGAGCCGGUGGAGGUUCUGCCUAAUGUAAAUUACACCGCCUGCACUACUCUUAAGGGUCCAGACUCUCACUACGGCACCAAAGGCAUGCGGAAAGUUACCCAUGAAUCCUCAGGAUCCGGCACUAAAACCUGCUUCACCUUCUGCUAUGCUGCCGGCAACAACAAUGGCACUUCCGUUGAGGAUGGACAAAUCCCAGAGGUCAUAUUCUACACUUAAUAACACAGAAUUGAUCUGAACGUUAGAAGUAUACCUUUGGGCUUUGUCACAAAUUGCUCACUAACGAACUUCCAGAUUUGUUAAGUACACUAUAACUGGAAGAACUGGUUUGGUGAGUGGUGUAGUGGAUAGUGGAAUUAUUUAGAAGGCACUUCUUAUUUCUCCCAGACCUUCACCUGCACCUCUUGAAAAGCUGCACAUUGUAUGUGCCUGCUUAAUAAUUGAGACUUAGUGGACUUUUGGGGAGUCAUGCGGGUCCAUAUCGAUAUAUCAGAACCUGUUGACUGAAGAAUUGACCAGCUGACCGACCUAGAUACUGUUAAACUAAAUGAAGAACGGUCUGUACAUUGAUUUAGCAAUCAGCUGUUUCAACAUCACUAGGAAGGGUUUGGAUUUAAUGUUAUUUGAUCUGCAUUAAACCAUGUAGUAUAAUCACAGCUUUCUUUCCACCAGUUGUGGCUGAAGCUUUUUUUAGAAGGCUGGGGGAUUCUGCACCUUUAGGCUCCCCUAUAUUAUGUGCCAAAACUGAGAUAAGAAUACCUCCAUGAGAGCCACCUAACGUGCUUGGAAAUAUAUAAAUGCCAACGCCAUGAAUGCAACUCUAUCGAUCACUUUAGACUCUUGUGUAAACUACUACACACAGAAGUCAUCCAAGGGAGAAGUAUCGGCCUCCCAUGAUUGUUGUUGUUGUGUCUAGUGUAAUAAAUCCUCAUCUGUGCUGUAACUCGCCUCCAAUAAAAUACAGUGAGUUAUUUUAUAGGCCAUACAGACAUGAGUUCGAAACAACUGUCAGAUGUUACAAUGAUGUCUGACUGUAAGACUUUAAGAGAAAAUAAGUUAAGAUGCACAAUAAAGUCUUUGUACAUUAAUUAUUAGGGUCCUGCCUGCUGUGUGAGGUCUUUAAUAGCGAACACAUUGAAUCAUUGUGACCACUGUGUUCAUGAUACCAGUAAUGUUCUUUGUAAUGGGUACACUCAGUACAGUUCUAUUUGUAUGGUUAUGAAGGUUUCACCAGCUACAAUCAUUACAUUACAUACAUUACACAAUCAUAACUACUAACAUGGAAUUAGGAGGCCAUAAUACAGAGCUGAAUAACAAACCUAAAGGUAAUGAACAGAACUGAAAUCUACAACCAUUGAAGAUGGAUAUGGCCCCUAUUAAUGAAUGUAAACUUAUGAUUUUGUCUGCUUCAAAAAUAUUUAAAUUAUUUACAUUAAGUUGAUAAUACUGGACUUUUUUUUACUAAGCGGUCUGGGCCACCGUUUGUGUCUGCUAGACAAAAAGCCUUUCUUGUGUAUCUUAAAUGAUUUGUAAAAUAUCCACACUUGAUAGCUCAUGUGUUUCCUCAUUUAAGUAACGGGUAUCUAAUCACCAUUCAGCACAAAUGGGUGUAAAAGACUGUUUAAACAAUAACUGUUAAUGUAGCCUGACGGGUCCAUGUUUCAAAACUGUUUUUGUAUUUUGCUUUGUUAUUGGGGAGCAAAUAACAUCAGGGUUUUCUUCUCUACUUAACAGCGUUGAACUGUAAAACCUGUGUAAAAUGCAUUAGUGCUUAUUAAAUGCUUAUGCAAGUGUUAUUCAUUUCACCUGAGAAAAACAUGUUUAUUAUGACCUGUUUGUAAAUGUAGGGUCACAGUCAACCUGAUCUGAGCAAGAAGACUUAACAGUGAUGCAUUAUUAUUUUCAGGGUGAACAUAAAUAUAAGGGUCAUGAGUUUGGAUUACAGUUAUCACCAUAAAUAAACCUGAUCUGCAUCUAAAA